UCGAUGACUGGUAUCAGAAAGGGAAAAAUCUUGCAAAACGAAACAAACAGCUGAAGGGGAACUACGCAUAAUCUGGUUCUUUGUUUUCGUGUUCAAAUUACCGUACCAAUCAGUAGAAAUUGAAAAUUCAAUAACUUCCCGGUGCUCCAGUUAAUCCACCCCAAAACGAAAUGGAUUCCUACGGGGAAAACGACAAAAUCCCGCUAAAGCUGGCGGAAAUAUCGAUCCAAAAGUUCAACCAAACCAUCCCCCAGUACCUGGGGCUGCUGAAAAAUCACAAAUGUAACAUCGAAAAGGCUGCCUCCCUGGCCGAUUGGGAUCGAAUCAAACGGGAACAGAUCAACGCGACCCGGGUGAUCAAACAGAUGAAGUAUCUGAUCCUGGAGAUCGAUAAAGUGCGGGCCCGGAUUCGGGAGGACGAUUUGGAUCGAUUCGACGAUGGCUGCGAGGGGGCCAAGAAGCAGGCCGUGGCAGGCAUGGGCGAAUACAUGGAUCUGCAGCAAAAAAUCUUCUCCCGAUCCCAGUCCUCCUACAGUCUCGAAGAUGACCUUCGCCAACAAAACCAGCAAAAUGACAUCCAAGACAACCAAUAUGGGGGCCAGCUCCGCCAAAUUCCUCAAAUUACCAGUGCAUAUGACGGGCAAGCCGAAGAACUGCGCCAAAGAGCCGAAUGUCUACGGGAAAUGGAAAACCUACAGCGCGAAGUCGAAGAAAUCCAGGACCUGUUCCAGGCGGUACACAAAAUGACCCACGGCCAGGCCGAAAUGGUUAACGCCGUCGAGGAGAACGUUGAAGUGACCCAGGUGCACGUGGAAGAGGGUGAGGCGAUGCUACGGAAAGCUCUCAAGUACAAGAAAGCAAUCUAUCCGAUGUGUGGGGCACUACUGGGAACCUGCAUCGGCGGCCCAAUCGGGCUGAUUGCGGGACUCAAAGCUGGCGGAUUGGCUGCUCUAGGGGGAGGUUUUAUCGGGUUUGCCGGUGGCAAUUACAUUAAAGCCGAAGACGGAACGGCGUUGGACAGUGUCGAUGCCGGAGAUCAAGGAAUUGAGGUGCAGGCCAAUGGCGAGGCACUGAUUGAACCGGAACCCAGCUUAGCUAUAUGUGAGCGGAAGCAAUGACGAUUGCCUUUUCUGUGCAGCGUUCAGUAGAUGCUGGGCAAGGUGAGAGAGGAAUAGAGAGAGAGCAGCGGAUCAUUGACGUUUUCGAAAUUCGUGACUACGAUCACAUCAAAGGCUUAUACGCGUAUUCGGUCAUCCGCACCUUCAUCUAUUGCUUGUGCAUAACAUCUACAGCAACUCGAUAUAGCACCUAAGAUUUACAUUCAUUGGGAAUCCGUCUGACGGUUUCCCAGUAACUAUUGAAACAAUAAGCAACCACUGGGGACGUGUCGCUUUUCCAGAACAAAACCAUUAUCGAAUACACACACGCCUCGUUGAUAGUCCAUGGACAAAUAUUGAUAUUACGUGUUACGGUUAGUUGAUAAUAGAAACUUUUCUUGGAAAAUAUCGUUUAUUUCCAACCAGUUUUUUUAAUGAUAAAGUAUGACAAAGAAUAAUAUAUGUAGAAAUGAAAA